AUGAAUCAUAGCGAAGCUGGGGAGAAAAGGAUGCUGGAUCUUCAUGAGUUAGAGGAAUUGCGGCUCGAUGCGUAUGAAAAUGCCUUGAUCUAUAAAGAACGAACAAAGAAAUGGCAUGACAGACGCAUUAUAAGACGUGAAUUUAAUGAAGGUGAGGUAGUGUUGCUGUUUAAUUCUAGGCUAAGGCUGUUUCCUGGAAAGCUUCGCUCUCGAUGGAGUGGACCAUUUGAAGUCACUAAAGUAAAUCAAUCAGGUGCCAUUGAGGUCUGGAGCGAAUCCACUGGUAAAUUCCUAGUGAAUGGCCAAAGAUUAAAACACUACCAUCCAGCAGCGAAAGUAGGACAUGUCGCUACUCUUGUUAUGUGUCCUCCUUGA